ACCCACGUUCUGAAGUUACGUUCAUGGUCACAAAUGCUCAAGACUUAUGCGACUCGAGACAAACAGUAAAUAGUCUUUUUACUAAAAUAGUCAUUUUUUUAAUAUGGUGUUUUAUGCGGUGGUUCUGUUCGCUAUUCUAUGGUUCUUCCCAUUAGCCUGAAGCAAACGUCCUCCGUUCCUACGACUUGUUUAUAACUGGUUAUUACAAAGACAAUUCACGAGUUUGGAAACAGAUUUUUAACAGAAUGGCAUCACGGGGUAAGUCCGAAACCAGCAAACUGAAGCAGAACAUGGAGGAACAGCUUGACAGGCUGAUGCAGCAGCUUCAGGACCUGGAGGAAUGCAGAGAGGACUUGGACGAGGAGGAAUAUGAGGAGACAAAGAAAGAGACACUGGAACAGCUGGAAGAAUUCAAUGACUCACUGAAGAAAAUAAUGACAGGAGACAUGACACUGGUAGAUGAACUUGGUGGGAUGCAAUUGGCAAUCCAAGCUGCCAUCAGCCAAGCAUUCAAAACCCCCGAGGUGAUCCGACUUUUUGCAAAGAAGCAGCCAGGACAGCUCAGGACCCGACUCGCCGAGAUGGACCGAGACGUGAUGGUGGGGAAAAUGUCUCGGGAGGUGCACACGCAGCAGAAAAUGGAAAUCCUCACAGCCCUGAGGAAGCUGGGAGAGAAGCUCAUUCCAGAGGAUGACACAUUCCUGGCUGAAAACGCGACGGCGACUCUGAGUCAGUUUGAAAAAGUCACUGCAAACCUGGGGUCGGAAGACAAAAUUAUGGCCUUAGCCAGUUCUGGGGUGAAAACCCAAGCAUAGAUAGUUUACAAAAUUACAGUUAUAACUCAUUGUUGUUCUUAUUUAAAAAAAAAAGAAG